AUGGACGAGGAGCGAGAGGGCCUAUUAUCUGGAUCUCAGGUAUCUCAAUCUCAAUACGAGAAAGGCUCAGGCUCGUUGCAUCCAGCGUGGCCAAGAAAUAGGAUUGUCGGUGUUGCCGCGUCAUUCAUAUUGCUGCUCAUCUGCGGAACAUUUGCGCGGUCGCUGGUCUGCUCAAGGGGACCUUAUUCUCACCCCAAUCUAUAUUUCCAUGGUGACGAAGUGCGGUCGAACGGGACGCAUGAUUUCAAGAGGACUGUGCUCAUUAUAUCUAUAGACGGUUUGCGGGCGGACUAUCUCGACCGGGGGCUGACACCUCAUCUCCUUGGUAUCAGCAAGCAGGGAUUGCGAGCCAAGUCUAUGAGGCCGAUUUUCCCUACCUUGACGUUCCCCAAUCAUUGGGCUUUGAUGACGGGCCUAUACGCUGAAUCCCACGGCAUUGUAGCUAAUAAUUUCUGGGACCCCGCAAGUAAUGAAGAGUUCCAUUACAACCUGGAAGCAUCGGCUUGGAAACCAGAUUGGUGGUUCGGUGAACCAAUGUGGGAGACUGCUGGAAAGGCGGGGAUCAUUACUGCGAACUUGAUGUGGCCGGGCCCGCCGAAGACGAGUUCUGGGGCAGUUCCUACCUACUUUAUUCCAUGGAGGGAUAGAGUUCCUCUUGAUGAAAAGUUGGAACAGCUCUUACGUUGGAUAGACCUACCUUUUGAAGAACGCCCUCAGUUGAUCAUGGGGUACGAACCGUCAUUGGACCAGGCUGGCCAUGCAACGGGACCAAUGUCCGCAGCAGUCAACAAAACUCUUGUUCAAGUGGAUACAUUUGCAAAGAACCUGCACACUGCUCUCGAACAACGUAAUCUCACCGACAUCGUCGACAUCGUCUUCGUCAGCGAUCAUGGAAUGACGGACACCAGUCAUCCUGAACUAGUGUACAUGGACAACAUUAUCGGCGAGGAAGGGUUCAACAUGAUUCAACAUGAAGAUGGGUGGCCCUCGAUGGGACUGAGGUUUUACCCUGAAGCCAAUGCAUCGCAUUAUCUCGAGCACCUCCUCAAGGCCUCAGACGAAAAUCCAGAGAAAUUCGAUGUCUACACUCACGAGACAAUGCCAGAGCGAUAUCACUUUGCUAACAAUGAUAGAAUUGCGCCUAUAUAUGUGGUUCCCAAGAUUGGGUAUGCUUUGACAACCAAGGCAGAAGGUAACGUUGGCAUGUCCAAAGGCAACCACGGAUACGACAACAAGGAGCAAUCCAUGCAUGCUAUGUUCGUUGCGCAUGGACCUUUCUCUGCUGUCGUGAAGACUUUGCAUCACAGCCAGUCACUUUCAGCUCGUUUCUUAUCCAGGCCUAACAAGGGCUGGCACUCCACCUCCGAUGACACCUAUGUCAUGAAUACAUUCCAGAAUGUAGAAGUAUACAACCUCAUUAUUAAGCUAUUGGGAAUUGAACAGCAUGCGGCACACACAAACGGUACCAUCGGAUUCUGGGACAAGUACUUUUAGAUCAGCCUACCGUACGGAUCUUGUAUAUACUUUGUAAUCUUACUAUUCAUCUAAAUGG